GCUCUCCUCCCACAAGCCUUUGCGCUGCUCGAAUCUGCUCAGUCAUUGUGCAUCUACCACUGUGUUGUUUCUGUAGCCGACUGCGAAGUUCUGUAUUACUGAUCCAAACCAAGAUCUUCGUCUCCGAUACACGAUGAAGGAGACUACGGCCAAACGACGAGAGAAAGCCGCAGGACGGGACUCUAAAGCCGAAAAGCUCAAAGAGCCGGAGCCGCAGGAUGUUGAGAUGCCGGAGGAGGAUGCAGCUAACGCGGCUAAACCAAAAGAGCUGGACAGUCUGACUCUGGACGACAUCCGGGAACAUGUGAAGCAGAUCGAGCGGGCAGUAUCAGGAAAGGAGCCUCGCUUUGUGAUGAGAGCUCUGCGGGCGCUGCCGUCCACCAGCCGACGUCUCAAUGCCACCGUCCUGCACAAGUCCAUCACUGGCUUCUUCACCUCCAACACGUCCACCAGGGAUUUUCUGCUGGGCUUCCUGGAGGAGCCGAUGGACUUGGCGGAUGGAGACCUUCAGUUUCGACCCCGGACCGGGAAGUCUGCGUCAACUCCUCUCCUGCCGGAGGUGGAGGCGUACCUGCAACUGUUGCUGGUGGUGUACCUGACUCACAAUCAGAGGUACACUCAGGCCCAGAAGGUUUCUGACGACCUCCUUCAGAAAAUCAGCUCAAAGAACCGACGGGCUUUGGACCUGGUGGCUGCCAAGUGUUACUACUACCAUGCCAGAGUUUAUGAGUUCCUGCAGCAGUUCCACACCAUCCGCAGCUUCCUCCACACCCGUCUGCGAACCGCUACUCUGCGUCACGACUUCGAUGGACAGGCUGUCCUGCUCAACCUGCUGCUGAGAAACUACCUGAGCUACAACCUGUAUGACCAGGCGGAGAAGCUGGUGUCCAAGUCUGUGUUCCCUGAGCUCGCCAACAACAACGAGUGGGCCCGCUACCUCUACUACACCGGUCGGAUCAAGGCCAUACAGCUGGAGUAUUCAGAAGCUCGCCGCACCCUCACCAACGCGCUGAGGAAAGCUCCUCAACACACUGCUGUGGGAUUCAAACAGACGGUUCACAAGCUCCUGGUCGUGGUGGAGUUGUUGUUAGGAGAAAUUCCAGACAGGCUUCAGUUCCGCCAGCCAUCUCUCAAGCGAUCCCUGAUGCCGUACUUCCUGUUGACCCAGGCGGUGAGAACGGGGAACUUGGCCAAGUUCAAUCAGGUGUUGGAGCAGUUUGGCGGGAAGUUCCAGACGGACGGCACCUACACGCUGAUCAUCCGCCUGAGACACAACGUCAUCAAGACUGGCGUGAGGAUGAUCAGUCUGUCCUACUCCCGGAUCUCUCUGGCCGACAUCGCCCAGAAGCUGCAGCUGGACAGUCCGGAGGACGCCGAGUUCAUUGUUGCUAAGGCGAUCCGUGACGGGGUGAUCGAGGCCAGCAUUAACCACGAGAAAGGCUUUGUCCAGUCGAAAGAGACCAUGGACAUCUACGGAACCAGAGAACCUCAGCUGGCCUUUCACCAGAGAAUCUCUUUCUGUCUGGACAUACACAACAUGUCUGUGAAGGCCAUGAGGUUUCCACCGAAAGCUUACAACAAAGACCUGGAGUCAGCAGAGGAGCGUCGGGAACGAGAGCAGCAGGAUCUUGAGUUUGCCAAAGAGAUGGCGGAAGACGACGAUGACAGUUUCCCAUGAUGCUCUCUGCUGAAGACCCACUCUCUUUUCGUGUGCUUGUGCGCGUGCAUUGUGUCGUUUGUGCGAGUGUGUGACAUGCAUGGUAACUUCCUCCUCCGCUCUCCAGUUCAGAUUCCACCUGUCUGGACUCUUGGAACAAUAAAGUUUCUGGAAAUUGGAGCC